GGGCGGGGCCGGGGCUCUGUCGUGUGAGCGUCCAUGGCUCCCGGCGGCUGGCGCUGGGCUCGGAAGGCGCUGGCCGCGGGUCGGCCGCUGUUCCAGGGCCGCGCGCUGCUCGUCACCAACACGCUGGGCUGCGGCAUGCUCAUGGCCGCGGGCGACGGCGCGCGGCAGGCCUGGGAGGUGCGCGCGCGGCCGGGACAGAGGUUCAGCGCGCGGCGCUCAGCCAGCAUGUUCGCGGUGGGGUGCAGCAUGGGCCCCUUCCUGCAUUUCUGGUACCUGUGGCUGGACCGCCUCCUGCCCGCCUCGGGGCUCCGCAGCCUUCCGAGCGUGGUGAAGAAGGUCCUGGUGGACCAGCUGGUGGCCUCGCCCGUCCUGGGCGCCUGGUACUUCCUGGGCCUUGGCAGUCUGGAAGGCCAGACGCUGGAGGAGAGCUGCCAGGAGCUGCGGGCCAAAUUCUGGGACUUCUACAAGGCUGACUGGUGCGUCUGGCCUGCCGCUCAACUGGUGAACUUCCUCUUCAUCCCGUCGCAAUUCCGAGUCACCUACAUCAACGGGCUGACCCUGGGCUGGGACACCUAUCUGUCCUACCUGAAGUACUGGGCCCCUGAACCGCUGCCCACUCCGGGCUGCGUGAACUGAGCUUCCAGUGCUGCGCGUGAGUCGGCCGAUGGGCGCAUUCCCACAGGAGGUUCUGGAACAGGCUGACAGACUGGACCAGCCAUCGCUUCGGAGUCCACCAUGGAGACAGGGCCCCGUGUGAAACUGCCUCCAGCGCCGCUGCCACCGCCAGGCUUUUCAAUCGGACCAAGAAGUCCUGUGAGCCUGCAAGUGUCGGCUCUGAGGGUCCCUGGAUCCCAGGUGACAAAGGCAAGGACAUGCCCCAUGGAGUGGGGUCAUUUGAAGUUGGGCGGCCAUGUGGAAAUUUCAUUAAAUGUCUUUAAAUUUCUA